CUCGUCAAGCGCCUAUAAAUAGUAGCCAGCCUAGCAACAACGAAAACAAAACAUCAGAGCUUGCAAGAGCUACAACUUCAGUCCAGCUAUCUAACAAGACUCUACACAUAAAAAAUCAGCACUAGUUCCGUUUCUGAGGAAGACAAUCCAAACCAAAGAUGUCUGAGUCCAGGAGCUCUUUCCGCAACGUUAACACUGAUUGCAACUGGAGCAAAAAGGAGAACAAGCUGUUCGAGGAGGCCCUAGCCCGCUAUCGCGAGGGCACACCUGACCGCUGGCUCAAGGUGUCCCGUGCCAUGGGUGGCAUCAAGACAGCCGAUGAAGUCCGCCGUCAUUAUGAGAUCCUUAAUGAGGAUGUCACACUCAUUGUAUCUGGCGGAAUUCCAUUCCCCAACUACAACACACAGGGAGCUUGGAACUGAGGAGUGAAGGAUGUGAAGAACCACCAUACAUGAACUAGAUAUCUUAGCUAUUGAAGGAAAUGUGCUGAUAUGUUAUUGUAUUAAGAAGUUUAUGAUUGCUUGAGUAAGAAAUAAAAGAAGCUAGAGAAUAUACAUAAUUGUGUUAUGUGUAAAUAGCUAUAGACUGUGAGCAAAUCAUCAGUUAUGCUAUAGAAACCAGGGAACCCUCUGUCUGCCCAUAGCUAAUGUGUGCUGUGCAAUUAUGGUCCCCUAUGAAUGAAUGCUUGUACAGUAAAGAGUGAUGUAAAACUCUUGUACUAGUUUGCUGAUUAUAAAGUUGUGCUUUGUUAAAACUUGAAAGUAAUCAUGCUCCUCUUGUGAGGCAUAAGAUGUCAACAUUUUGCAAUUUAAAUGCAUUCAUUCUUCCUUCCUACAGAAAAAGGAUGCAACACAGUUGUCUAACUCGAGCAGGCGGUAGUGACAAAUUGCAAUUUUCAACCUAUUCUGAAUAAUAUUAUAGACACCAGUACAAUUUAUUAUAAAGCCUGAAUCAUAUACAUCUCACCCCAAUAAUCCCAUUAACCCAUUGAGGUUUGAAGUGGAACCACGAGCACAUCACCCUGAAUGAAUUCAGAUACAAGUCUAGGAACUGGUUGGAAGAGUAGGCCAGCUGGCAACAGCAACGGCCAACGGAAAUAGUCCAAUACCUUAUCCCCACUGUGUAUCCAUCCGCACAGCCCCAACAAAAUUAACAACAUUGAGAACAUAUAUGAUAUAUAGACAGUGAGAUUCGAAUCUACUAACAGGCACAAGGUUUCAUUAUUAUAGCAUUUCCUAGAACGCUAUCGGGGCAUCAACUUCUAAACCAUCAUUUGUCAGCAUCGCAAGUCUGGUUGGCUCGCAUACGCUAUAAACUACCCGGAGGCACUUACCUAGCCACCUAGGUAGCUUGGCCGCGUACCUGAUGGUGACGACGCUGUGCUUGAUCGCGGUUCCCACGCAUUUGAAAGGUGCGGGACAAGCGGCGGGACCUGGCCUCGGGGCCUCCUGCCACAAUUCGCACAGGUGCUACCUCAUCUAGUGAUGUAGGGCCAGCGGCGAGUUCGCCGGUCGGCCCCGGCAGCCUUCAUGCCCUCUAGCGAUUGAACUCGGCGUCGGUCGGUGAGCUCCACGCGAGCCGUUCGGGAAGACGAGGGUUCGGCCACGGACGGGAAUCGGGAUGUCGAAUUUUUAGAGAUUUUUCUAUACUCACCACUGCUCUAUCUAUUC